AUGCAUUUUGAUCAUAUAUAGGAUUAUUUACUAUUUAGUGUAAGUCUAGUAUAUUUUUCUCACACUGUAAACUGUGUAGGUUGUUUUAUGAAAUAAUAGAGUCAGUAACUAGAUAUGGGGCUGUCUAAGCGACGAGCUCAUUUACGAAAACUUUGGUUCAAAAAGGGGGGUGUGAAUCCAAAUAAGGGUCGAACUACAGUUUUUCCUGCUCUUGGUGACAAUAAGUAUGUCAGGUUGGAAAAGAAAGCCUUUGAUAGUCAAGUACACACCAGUAACAAUGUGCUAACCUUUAAAGAUACUGUUGAUACGGACACAACAGUAUCAGUCACAGUGUUGCGACCCCGACCGCAUGCGUCUAAUAGUAAUACCAAUAAGUUGAUGGAGGAGGACUCGUGUUUGUUUUGUCAGAAGGCCGUUCGACCCCGACCACAUGCGUCUAAUGUAGUUGACGAGCAUAGUUACUGUGGUGUCGAGUCACUUCAUCCAGACUUGUGUACCAAUAAGUUGGUGAGGGAGGACUCGUGUUUGAUUUGUCAGAAGACCAUUCGCUCGUUGCAGCAUGGCAUCACAUGUGAUGUUUGUGAGAGAUGGCAGCAUCGCACAUGCAAUACAGGCAUCCAGGCAGCAGACUAUUUUAGGGCAAAGCGGGGAGACAUCGUCCUUACCUUCACGUGCAAGGACUGCAGAAACCAUCCUACGACGCCCGACGCUACCCUUAACUCCGACAAUGUUUCAAAGAUGACUAUGAUGGAGAUCAUUGGUCUCAGAUCUAAGCACCAUGAUGCGAUUACAUUGGAGAAGGCUUCGAGCUAAGCAUCCAUGGCUACAGGUGCUCGGUACCUGGAGAUUCUGGCUACUGGCACUAUUUACUGUUAUUCUGAUCUUGUAUGCUGUGAGUUCGUUCAGACCGUCGUUUUUGUCGAAAACUCCCGAAAGGGAUAUAAGUCAAGUGUGGGUUGGUGACAUGGAAUUCGAUUUUAUGACUGGAUUGUAUUUUCUAAAACAAGGUAAAGAGGUGUAUUUCCGUGGCUCCAUGCCGGACGCCCAUCAAAUGGAUGGGAAGCCUGCGCAUUGCGCAACAUACAAUCAGACAAACAGCCUGUGCGCUUCGUGGUUUCCGAAAGUGAAAUUGACAGUGGAGAACAUUGUUGAAGAACACGUUACGUGUCAGAGCUUAGUUUGGACGCCAGGUUUCGAGCAUUAUAAGCCGCAUACUUGUUUCUCUGUAGCCGAUUCUAAAUGGUACGGUGGUUCAUUAUUUGUUGAUCAAAAGUGGCCAUUGAAUAAUAUGGAAGUAAAAUUUCAGGCCUAUAGGACGAGGAAUUCAGAGUACAACCAAGGGGUGGCGAAUUCAGUUGGCAAUGUACUAGACUGGUUUUGGAUAAAUUCUAAUGGAGUGGGAGUGAUUUUUGACAGUGAAAUACCGUUGCACAUCAGCCUCAACCAAAACGGAGAUAAGUUACUGUGUUUUUAUUCUCAGUCCAACGUGAAUUCUUUGUUAAAAUACAGAGUGUGCAAGGCAGAGAAUAUGAGAAAAAUGCACUGGUAUUUAAUGAACAGGGUUGUUCGCUUGCCAUUAAUGCUGCCAAAAUCUGACUUAUUCCAGAAACCUCUUUGGUCUGUGUCCCCAAUGUACAAGCAUUCUGUAAGCCAGGAAAAUGUUUUAAAGUUAGCCAAAGAUGUCAUGGACCAUGGAUUCGAGAGAUCUCUAAUGAGCAUACAGGAUGUCAGUUUGUCUGUAAUGAAUGGCAAACUGAAUCCUUUUGAUGAAAGAAAGUUCCCAAAUUCCCAUCAAUCUAUGAUGCAUUUAAGAGGUGAUUAUGGGUUUGAACCAUUUUUGUCAGUGUCACCAUUUAUUUCGACGAGAGAUACUCAAGUUAAUAAAUCCAAAUUUUUGACAAAUUCGAAAAACGAGCCAAUAGUAAUAAGUUACUAUGGAAACAAAGUCCAUGUGGUAAAUUUGUUAGUUAAAGAGGUAUUUGACUGGUUUGUGAAGCAACUGAACAAUACGCAGUCUUCAUUUGGCCUGUCUGGUUUUGUUUUUAUGGGUGGAGAAACAGAUAUUGUGGAAUAUAACUGUGAAAGCCCAUCUGGACUAUGUGACAUUGAUGUUGAAAAAUUUGCUAAGAAAUUCAGCAGCAUGGCUGAUAAAUUUUCAGCAAAGACCAUAUCAUCAUCUGCAAUUCGUAGUCAGUCUAGUUCAGGAUUAAUACAGCUAACAAGUAAUUCAUCGUCAUGGAAUUCAAACGGCGGGCUACGCGACUUGAUCCCGUCAGUGUUGACCUUAGGGUUGCUGGGAUACCCCUUCAUCGUUCCAAACACCGUAGGUGGUCCAGGAAACUAUAAAAUCAGCUCUGAAACUGGCGAGCAGAAUUCUGAAAUUCCCGACCGGGAGCUGUAUGUUCGAUGGAUGGCUAUAGCGGCGUAUAUGCCUUGUUUGAUGUUUUCUGUGCCUCCCUGGAACUAUGAUGAUGAGGUAGUGCAGUUUGCCAAACAUUUUGCAGAGAUUCACAAUAAGCAGGUUUCCCCCAUUGUGAUCCAGGCGGCUCGGGAAUAUGAAACCACAGGUGUGCCAAUAAUAAGACCCAUGUGGUGGACUGAUCCAAAGGAUCCAGCAACCCUCAGUAUAGACGACCAGUUUUUAGUUGGAGAUCAAAUUUUGGUUGCCCCUAUCCUAGAUAAGAGCGCAAGCAAGCGUGACAUUUUCAUCCCCCAUGGGCGGUGGUUGGAUAAUUUGAAUAACAAAGAAAUCGAGGGCCAAACAGUGUUGAAAGAUUUUGAAAUCCCUCUUGGACAGAUUGCUACCUUUACAAAAAGUAAAAUUUAAAAGGAUCGAUUGCUACUUUUACAAAAAGUAAAAUUUAAAAGGAUCGAUUGCUACUUUUACAAAAAGUAAAAUGUAAAAGGACAGAUUGCUACUUUUACAAAAAGUAAAAUUUAAAAGGAUCGAUUGCUACUUUUACAAAAAGUAAAAAUUCAAGGCCUUGAACAGAUUGCUACUUUUACAAAAAAUACAAAUUGAAGGACAAGUGCAAAAAUGAUCUGUGCUGCUGACACCGCUG